CAUCCCAGGACACUUGUGGAGCCCACGAGCUGCUUACAGGAGCUGAAGGUAUCCCAAGGGACCUUUGCGGAGCAAGCAGCCUACUCAGAAGCCGACAUGCAGCAGAAGAUCAGCUCUUUCUUCAAUUCCAUCUUGGAGCUCAUCCGCACCAAGCACGAGGAAGGCAUCUUCAACACCGUCUGCCUGGCCGUGCUGCUGGGUCUGCCCUUGGUCGUCCUCAUCGCCUUCAUUUUCAUCUGCUGCCACUGCUGCUUCUGCAGACGGAGGAGAGAAGGCUCGAGGAAAGGGGGCCCCAGCAGCAACGGGCAGCUGCACGCCGAGAGGAACAAGAAGAAAAAGAAGAAGAAGAAGAAGCAGGAUGAAGAGGACCUGUGGAUCUCGGCUCAGCCCAAGCUGCUCUUGCUGGACAAGAGGCCCUCCCUGCCCAUCUAGCAGACAGGAGGGUGUUCAGGCCUUCUCCUCUGAGAUGCCACCAGUCCUUACAGCUGUGCACCAGGAGGGGCAGGGAGAUGCCAAAGCUGCUGCCGCUUUGUGGUGACUUUUGACAGAGGCUGAGCCCAGCGUGUUGAAGGGCCAGCAGAGAGAGCAAGGCAGUCGGGCACAGGUUAUACAAGCCCCUUUUCCUCCACCCUGACACCGCGCCCAGAGUCAGAGACCCCUGCAAAGGACAGGUGAGCAUGCAAGGGUGACCUGCCACUGGGCCAUACAUGCCUCCUGCCACGAGCACAGCGCACACUCACCAGGCUGGCACCCAGGGAACGGGGGGCAGGCUCUCCCUCUGCACUCGUAUCGCAAGCACAGGCACCGUGGCACAGACAGGGGCGCGCAGGACAACGUGCACCCAAAGACCACCUGCACGCUCCCCCUGCUCAAACACGGACAGCCACAAGUGAAGCAGGCACAGACACGCCUCGUUUGCUUACCCUGCCGUGGGGAUGGCACAGCUUGACUGUCUGGGCUCUGUCCAAACCCAGCUCGCUUUGGAGGUGCAAAGAAAGCCAAGCACUGAGUUACCCCACGGCUCAAAGAUGUGCCAUCUCCCUGGCUACCCGACCAAAAGCACCUGAGAGCAUCUGAAGCCAGAUGCCCUCAGCCCAACCUUAGAGACCUCAUGACACCAUCCUAAGGCAGCACAGCAGAAGGAUGCCUGGCCACCCAGGCUAGAGGCAGGGAGGAGAGAGGAGGCUGCCAGACCAGCCCUUUUGCACCAGCACUUAAAAAAACCCCUUCCUUGAAAGACUUUUUUAUACAAACUUGCCAUUAAAGAGCCCACCACGCUACUGCAACAGCGGAAACACAAGCUGAGGCUGUGUAAAAGCUUAGCUACGGGCAUUAGAGUUAUUUAUUGAAUGACUACUAAAGAAGAGCAGGACCAAAGGCCCCUCUGGAGCAGGGCCGGGCACACCGAAGCAGUAUUGAAGCAGCAGACACGCUGUCCUGGCACACUCAGCCGUCCUCUCUCCCUGCAGCCCUUGUGCCACACAGGAGACACACACAGACCCACGAGCCGAUGCCACACGGGCACCUCUGUGUGCCACACUGAGGGCUUCUCUACAGCUGUCAGGCUGGACAGCUCUGGGAUUUGGAAUGUGUUGUACGAGCAAAGUAAACUCCAUGUCCACAGUCAUGCCUUACCCAGGGAUCCAUCAUACAGCUGGACCCUGCACCCCUGUCCAUCCUCAUGUCCCUUGGAACAAUGGCUCAGCCUGGGCACAGCAGCUAAUGGAACCAGCCACAGCUCUCACCCCUGCUGGGGUUUUGUCACUGCUCCCCUAGACUUGUGUGCCCACCCGUGGGCUGGGAGUCUCCUGUGUCUUUCCCCUCCACCAGUCUCUGUCUCCCCCAGCUUGUUUUGCCAUGCAUGUGUGUGACGAGAAGCCUCACCACAUCGGCUUUUUGCCCUGUCUGUACACUGGAUGCCUUCCUUCGGUUUCCUUUCAGUUCCUAAGCUGCUGGAGCAGACCAGAGCUGCCAGGAAGAGCCAGACAUCUGGGGAACAAGCAGCCAAAGCCACGUGGGCAAGCCCGGACAGAGCUGCCGGACACAACCGCUUCCAGCCC